GAAACGUUCAGUUCUGGAAGUAAACUUUUGAAACGUGCUCACCGUUCGCCGAAGAAUCAAACUUCAAAAUGAAGAUUAUCCUGGUUGCCUUCUGCCUUGUGCUAACUAUCAUAGCUAGUCGAGCAGAUUUCAUCGACAUGUAUUUGGAAUUCUCAAAGGAUGCUACAUUGGACUGUGGGAAAGAAAAUGGCUUCACCGAAGACGAUGCAAGAGCGAUAUUUGACAAGGAUUUGGAAGUCGGAUUGGAGAAUGCUACGUGUCUAAAAGCAUGCAUAUUAAAGCAACUGGGAAUGUUGAGGAACUCGAAGAUAAAUAUGAAGAUGAUAAAGGAUUUCAUCAGAAUUGUGCACAAGGAAGAUCCUGAAACGAUGAAGAUCGGGUUGGAGCAUGCAGACUACUGCCACGAGAAAGUCAAAGAUUUAACGGACGAUUGCAAAAUGGCAUACGGUCUUAUUGACUGUUACUUGGAGAAGGGUUCUGCGUUAAUGUCUGCGUAGAAAAUGUCUGCUCUGCGUUUUUAUGCAAUUGAAUUAUUUGUAGUUAUAUUAUUAGACUAGGACAAUAGAGAUCUGUGUAUCGUGAAAUCAUUGUUCGAUAACCAAUAAACGUGACGUUACUGAUCA